UGGACCGAUAUUGCAGUUUCUGGUCCCUUGCUCGCUGCUGCCAUAUCCCAGUAUCUUUUGCAUGAGCAUCCUCUCCUAGGCCUCUUUGAUGCAGACCUUUUCAUCCGGGAUUUGACCACGCCGGCUACGACCUUUUGCUCAAGGCUGCUGUUUCAUUCAUUGAUAGCAUUUGCUUGUCACGGAUAUACUUUUGUAGAUCCUUCGGCAGCAUCUCUCGCAAUCACCUUCUACGCGGAAGCCAUUAGCCUAUGGCAUUCUGAACCAGCCCAGGACAGCAUCACAACCCUAAGCGCCUCCAUCAUACUCUUCGCUGCUUCCAGUAAUAUGGGUAGGGGCAUGGAUGGCCUUCAAAUCUUGAAAGAUAGCGCCCUGAUUGGAUCACGUCUUGGUCUCUUCGAAAACUCAAGCGAAGAGCAGCUUAGUAUUCACCGUGACAAAAGGCAAGUAUAUUCUUCUGAUAUGGAUCGCGCUCGAUGUACAGCUGCAUGGGGGACAUUUAACUGGCACACUUUUCAUGCUUUCUAUGAUCGCCAGGGGCCUUUGAUCAACUCGCCACCAUCUGUCCAAAUACCCCACUUCCAGGUAAAUGUGCCAUACAUAAGUGAAACCUUUCCGACCCUCUGUAGGUUAUGCAUAAUCUUAAAUGAUAUGGCUUGGCAAUACUACUCGCAGCGGACACCGCCCACGGAGACUGUGCCACGGGAGGCGGCAGAGAUACUCUACCAAAGACUAUUAUCGUGGUCCGAUGAUCUCCCUGGGUCAUUAAUCCGUGGUCCAGGUACCAGCCACCACGUGGUGGUGGCACACAUUUGGUAUCACACUAUCAUCAUCGACACAUUCCGACCAUUUUCCUCUGAACCCCAAUCAAAACCAGUUGUAGUUACUGCGGCAUCUAUCAAGCAGCUCAAGCGGCUUAUCUACAUCUACCGGAGCACGUUUGUUUCCUCGAAUGCCAUGAUACUCUACCAGCCUGGACUUCUGUAUCUUGUCAACUAUCUCCUCAAAGAUGUCGACAACAACGAAUCUCAUUUCUACUUCCUUCUUUGCAUGGGUGCAUAUCUCAAACUCGCUUCCUGUUUUCCUAUCGUUGGGUGCAUUGCUAAGUCCAUCGUCAACAUGGCCCUGGAGAGAGGUGUUGUGUUGCCCGCUGACGCUGCUGCUGCUCUAGAGGAAAUUGAA